AUAGGGUUCAAUGUCAGGCGACCAGUUCUCAUUGAUUCGCCAACAGAUCUAACAUUACUUUCUUCUCUCGGGCAAGAUUUUUAUCACUCUUCUCAGUGCUAAUGCGACAAAUUCGUGAGCCAAUUGUUCAUUUUGUGUAAGCAGGCGAAGUUCACAAUCAUGUUGCCCACGUUACUGAUCUCAUUUUGUUUUGUAUUGAUUUCUCCUGCGAAUGUCAACUCUGCAACGCCAGAUUACGACUCAGUUGAAACAGAUCCAUUUGAACUGCCACUACCUCCACCAUGGAGACGUCCUGGUCUAUGGCGUCCGCCAUUUCCAGAGCCAUGGCAUCGACGACGACCACCACCUUGGCCACCUUGGGGGCCACCGCCAGGGCCCCCACCUCCAGGGCCCCCACCUCCCGGGCCGCCGCCACCGUUUGGUCCUCCACCACCUCCUCCUUGGCAUCCACCUCCAGAGGGUUUUGAUGAGCUACCGUGGCCUCCGCCACCCAGACCACCACCACCAUGGCCACCAUGGGGACCUCCUCCCAGACAUCCUCCUAGACCUCCUCCACCUCCGCCACGAUUCCCUCCACCACCACCUCCACGACCACCUCCACCACCACGUCCAUCAUCGCCUCCGAUACCAGCUCCACCACCUCCUCCUCCACCCCCUCCGCCUACAUCACAGCCACGAGUUCUUUAUAGUCCAGAAAUACAGAAUGUCAUUACGAGUCUUAACACGAGAACUACGGCUUUUUCGCGACCAGGUCAAGGCUAUGAGAACGUCAUAUCAUUGUUGAAGAAGAAAAUGGAGAGUAGAUCAAAAACAAAAGUGGCCUUCGAUCCAGGAAAAUUGUUUAUCCCUCCCGUAGGCUUGCAAAACGAACUCACAGCAAACAACAAGGUUUUUGGAGCUUUGUACGAAAUAGACAUUGCACUGACUCUUGCACAAGCAUCACGGCUGGCUGACAGAUUCGGACGUUUCAAACGAAAAAUUGUGGCCAACAUGACUCUGCGCUGGCCAAGCACCAUCAUACCAUAUAAGUUCGCUAUAAGUGACGCGUCAUGGCAGAAGGAUAUCAGAAAUGUGCUUGAGAAAUUCAGCAAAAAUACCUGCUUACGUUUUUCUGAGAAUGGGCCAGGAGCGGACUAUGUGAUAUUCAACAGAGGUGAAGGCUGCUACUCACCGGUAGGACGUCUGGGUGGAGCACAAGAGGUGUCGAUUGGAAUGGGAUGUGAUACGGAAGGCAUCAUAAGCCACGAGGUGGGGCACGCAUUGGGUUUCUGGCAUGAACAAGCUCGACCAGAAAGGGACACUUAUGUAAGGGUAAACGCAGAAAAUGCAGUGGCAGGGACUGAAGGGAAUUUUGACAAGCAUGGUUACGACGAAAGUGUGGACUACGGUAUUCCAUACGAUUACGGUAGCGUGAUGCAUUAUUCCAGUACCUCAUUUUCGAAAUCGACCCAAUUGAAAACAGUAAUACCGCUUCAAUCUCAUUUCGAACACACCAUCGGCAGCAGGGUGGAAGCGUCUUUUCUUGAUUUCAAGCUACUUAACAGAGCAUACUGUUCUAGAUCUUGCACAAACGUUUUAGCUUGUCAGCAUGGUGGAUAUCCCAAUCCAAACGCUUGCAGCAGAUGUUUGUGUCCGAAAGGAUUGGGUGGUACUCUCUGCGAUCAGGUUGAACCUUCAAGUUGCGGCGCUGAUUUGCCGAUGAUGACCAGUACUAGCUGGAAGGAACUGACCUAUUCGGGAUCCAAUUCAUGCUAUUGGCGUAUCAAGACGGAACCUGGGCAAAGAAUCCGCUUCAAGCUCACAUCCGUGAAUUUCAAAUGUGCUCCUACAUGUGAAGAAUUUGUUGAGGUCAAAUUUGACGAAACGCAUGACAAAACAGGCUUCAGACAGUGCUGUAAGGCUGAAUACGACGAGUUCGUUUCAAAAGGAGAUUCAAUCCUUAUACUGACUCGUGCCACAGCACAAUCCAAUUUUGUGCUGCGUUAUCGAAUGGAAGAAGUGAUCCGAAGGACGCCACCCCCUACCGCUGCGCCACCAACGACGACCCCUUUCCGCCCACCUCCUAUAACUUUCCGACCACUGCCGACCACUUUACGUCCGGUCACCUUACCUCCAUUGCCACCACCAACCUCUUCACCGGCACUCUGGUCCCAGUGGACUCCAUGGACUCAGUGUUCAUUGACCUGUGGUAACUGUGGUACCCGUCAGCGGAGGAGGGAAUGUCCGAAGCGUAAAUGCAUUGGUUCAAGCGUCCAAGUAGAACCAUGCAAUUUGAAGCCGUGCCCGGUUAGCAGCGCAUACCAAGGAUCGUACAAAGUGCCAACACCAAGUCCAUGCUCACUCCGCAGAACCCGAUGAUCUUCGUGACUGAGUCAUCAACAUGCAAAAGAAAAUGUAUAUCGUUUCUUUGUCUAAACCAAUUGAAUCACAUCUUUUCUUAUGGCCUUUUGAUGACAAUGUAACGUAAUAAAUAUCUAUAAGCUAAC